UCAAAAUCUCCACAGCACCGCACUGCAACGUAUCAUGUUCUCUUCUGUCUCUCCCUCUCCCCAUCCCAAAAUUUCCAUCAAAUCUCCGUACCCUGCGCCUCGCCGGACCAGAUUUCGGCCACCGUUCAUUGCUAACACCGCCACCGCCUACAAGGAAAGGUCCAAUCUCUACCAGCAGCUUCCUCAACGGAUGGCAUCGCUGUACGAGAUUUUGGGGAUUCCAGUGGGAGCUACGAGCCAGGAGAUCAAGUCUGCUUAUCGGCGAUUGGCGAGGACUUGGCAUCCAGACGUCGCCGCUUUGGAUCGGAAGGACAAGUCAGCGGACGAGUUCAUGAAGAUUCAUACUGCGUACUCCACUCUAUCAGACCCUGAGAAACGCGCCGUUUAUGAUCGCAAGUUUUUCAGAAGGAAGUCACCGUUGACUGGAAGUUUCCCCGGGUAUCAUGGGCGGAACUGGGAAACGGACCAGUGCUGGUAGCCUAGGUGGCUAAUUAGAGAUUACAGCAUGAAACGGCCAAUUUGUAGAUAUAUCAUAUAUGAACAUAAAAUCUGUACAUAUACUGCUGCUAACUUGGCUGCGAGUGCGUCCCCACAGCCACAGAUGGAAGUUCUCCACCUGUAAUCUCGUGGCUCUACCUCUGUAUUAAUGCUUUAGCCUUUAUUUUCAUUCGGCCUAAUGCCAAAUUCACCGUGUACUUAUCAACUUUUAUUUUUCAUGUUUUUCAUCCAA